AACAAUAAUAAUCGUUGUUAUAAUGGACAAACAUUUGAUGAUAAUAAUAGUGUUAUUGGUGUUAAUGGUGGUGGUGUUAAUGGUGGUGGAAUUGUUGAAAGUGAAACAUUCUAUCAUGAAAGACGACGUUAUCAUUUUUUACCGAAUUUAAAUUCAAAUUCAUCAUCAUCAUCAACAUCAUCAUCAUCAACAACAACAGCAACAACAUCUAAUCUUAAUUCCAAUUUAGAUUCCAAUUCAUCAAAUGGAUCAUCAUCAUCAUCAUCAAAUUCUUCAGCUAUUAACAAUUCGAAUGCACUUGUUCCGGUAGAAAAUUCUAAUCAAUUAUUAUCAACAACAACACCAAUAACAGAUUUAGUAAAUAAUCCAUUCGGUGCAAUAACGCCAUCCAGUGGUAAUAAUGGACAUCAUACAACAGUUAUGCAAAGUUCCAUUAUAAAUCAAUCGAAUCAUUAUCAUCAUCAUUAUCACCAUUAUCAUUAUUAUUGUCCACCAAAUCUACAUCAUCAAUCACCGUAUCAUCCGCAUGCUGCAUUUUUAGCUCCGCCACCACCACCUGUUCCAUCACAACCAACUUCCGCACAAUCAGCAACAGCAACACAUCCUUUACAUCAUCCACAUAUUCCAGCGGCAGCAGCAGCAGCCGUAGCAACACCACAAUCUAUAAUGACAACAGCGACAGCAAUUAAUUCACCGGCAACAGCCGUAACACAUCCACAUCAUUCACAAUUUUAUCCAGCAUUACCAACUGCUGGUGUUGGUAAUAAUUAUUCAACAACAACAACAACAACGAAUAAUAAUGGUGGUGGUGGACUUUAUAGUGGAAUUAUUAAUAAUGGUUAUGGUGAUGAUGAUCUUUCAAUGACAAGUAGUAAUUCAACAAAUCUUUCAUUACCUGAUGAUUCUAAUAGUAUAACAAAAUUUACUAAUUUAUGUUAUAAUAAAAUAAAUCCAAUUUCGAUAUCAUCAACAAUAAAUAACAAUAAUAAACGUAAAUCAUCAUUGAUUAACCAUAAUAAUAAUGAUCAUCAUCAUCAUCAACUAUCAUCAACAAAUAUUAAACAUUAUACUGAUCUUUCAGCAAGUAUACCAAGAUCAUCAUCAUUGAUGAAUGGAUCAUUAUCAUCAUCAUCAUCAUCAUUAAAUGCUAAUUCACAUCAUUUAAAUGGUAGUACAACAUUAUCAUCACAAUAUGAACAUUCAAUAACAAAAGAUUCAAAAUGUCCAACACCCGGAUGUAAUGGUACGGGACAUUCGACAGGACUUUAUACACAUCAUCGUAGUCUUUCCGGUUGUCCAAGAAAACGACAAGUAACACCGGAAAUUCUUGCAAUGCAUGAAACAAUAUUAAAAUGUCCAACACCAGGUUGUAAUGGUCGUGGUCAUGUUAAUUCAUCACGUAAUUCACAUCGAAGCUUAUCUGGUUGUCCAAUAGCAGCAAUGGAAAAACUUGCACAAAAACAACAUCAACAACAACAACAGAAUAUAUUGAAACAUCAGAAUGGUGGUGGUGGUACAUCAUCAUCAUCAAUGAAUUCAUCACAUCGUAAUAAUUCAACAACAACAUCAACAACGGAAAAUUUUCUUUCACCUGAACAUUUUAUCCAUCAUGGUAAUCAUCAUCAAUGA